GCUGCUACGCGCCUGCGCGCCGCGGCCCGAAGGAGCCGAGCCUGGCCCGGCAGAGCGGGCGCUGCGUCCGGCGGCCACAGCCGCGUCUUUUCGCGGCUCCGUCACCAGCCGGGGCUCAGGCUGGGGCCUGGGCCCCCGGGGCAUGGCCCUCCGAAGUGUGCAGGGCGACGGCCUCACUUCCAGCCGCUGGGACGGAGGCGCCGAGAAGACAGACUUUAAUGCCAAAAGGAAAAAGAAAGUGGCAGAGAUACACCAAGCUCUGAAUAGUGAUCCUACUGACGUGGCUGCCCUUAGACGCAUGGCUAUCAGUGAAGGAGGGCUCCUGACUGAUGAGAUCAGAAGGAAAGUGUGGCCCGAGCUCCUCAAUGUCAACACCAGUGAGCCACCUCCUAUAUCAGGGAAGGACCUACGCCAGAUGAGCAAGGACUACCAGCAAGUGCUGCUGGAUGUCAGGCGGUCUUUACGGCGGUUCCCUCCUGGCAUGCCAGACGAGCAGAGAGAAGGGCUCCAGGAAGAACUGAUCGACAUCAUCCUUCUCAUCUUGGAGCGCAACCCUCAGCUGCACUACUACCAGGGCUACCAUGACAUCGUGGUCACAUUUCUGCUGGUGGUAGGCGAGAGGCUGGCAACAUCCCUGGUAGAAAAAUUAUCUACCCACCACCUCAGGGAUUUUAUGGAUCCAACAAUGGACAACACCAAGCAUAUAUUAAACUAUCUGAUGCCCAUCAUUGACCGGGUGAAUCCAGAACUCCAUGACUUCAUGCAGAGUGCUGAGGUGGGGACCAUCUUUGCCCUCAGCUGGCUCAUCACCUGGUUUGGGCAUGUCCUGUCUGACUUCAGGCACGUCGUGCGGUUAUAUGACUUCUUCCUGGCCUGCCACCCCCUGAUGCCCAUUUACUUUGCAGCUGUGAUCGUUUUGCAUCGUGAGCAAGAAGUUCUGGACUGUGACUGUGACAUGGCCUCGGUUCACCACCUGUUGUCCCAGAUCCCUCAGGACCUCCCCUACGAGACACUGAUCAGCAGAGCAGGAGACCUCUUUGUUCAGUUUCCCCCAUCCGAACUUGCUCGGGCGGCAGCUGCCCAGCAGCAAGCAGAGAGAACCGCAGCCUCUACCUUCAAAGACUUUGAGCUGGCAUCAGCCCAGCAGAGGCCUGACAUGGUGCUGCGGCAGCGGUUUCGGGGACUUGUGCGGACUGAGGAUCGAACAAAAGAUGUCCUGACCAAACCAAGGACCAACCGCUUUGUGAAACUGGCAGUGAUGGGGCUGACAGUGGCGCUUGGAGCGGCUGCGCUGGCCGUGGUGAAAAGUGCCCUGGAGUGGGCCCCUAAGUUUCAGCUGCAGCUGUUUCCCUGAAAGCCGGAGAAGACACAUUACAUCACAUUAAGGUCUCACCCUUCCAUGGAAGGAUUGGGAGGAGGUGGAAUUUCCUUUAUUAAAAGGGUUUCUGUCAAGGGUUUUCUAUUCCUGCCACUCUUCCCUGCCUAUCCAUGUUUGCCUUUGCUUCAGAGGCCAGUAGCAGAGCCUGCCUGACACCAAGGGCACUUGGGGCCUGGGUGCAGAACUCAAUUAUUCCCCUCCCAACGGGCUGCUGAGUGGGCUGUCUGCUGCCUCCCCUUGUGUUGGAGGAAAUGUGUUUCUUUAGCUCCUCGCUGCCUUGGGAACCUGCUAGGCCAGGGCUGCCCUGUUGAUUGGGGAACCUCCUGGCCUCCCAGUAGAAAGUUCGCUGGACCAUGGGAUGCCCUCCUUGCCACCCCUGUUCUGUCUGCUUCACUUGGACUAAGAAGCUAGGGGCUGCCACUGCAGAAGCCCGGCUUUGGAGUGAAAACAAGAUGGCAGAGGACUCUAGCCUGGAAACACAUUGGCCCUCUUACGAGCAGUGUCGUUAGCUGGUCAGAAAUCAAAGAGACAGAUGUGAACUAGGUUACCAGUUAAAUCCUACCUAUGUGCAGCCUAGAAAUUGCAUGGGCAUUUCCAGUCAAGCAGGAGGGAUUUUUAGGUCCCUGGUCCUAGACUGGUUUUGCCUGCCUUUUUUUUCCUUCCUAUUCUUUGACACUGCUUAUGAAAGAUACUUUUAUUACUAUUUUUAGAAUUAUAUACACCUAACAUGUAAAGUACCCUCAUUUUAAAAAUAAUAGUUCCUUCAUGGAAAAAAGUUCUCAUCAGAAGGAUGAGCUUCUAAGAUCCUGAAGUUUAUUUUCUACUCAAUUGUUUAACAUUUUGCUUUAGCCAGAGUUACUGUUUGUAAAGAGCCCUGUGCUUCCUAAGUGCCCACUUUCUGACUGGCUUUCCUUCCUUCCUGUUUUCCUCAAAUCACCCUCCUACUCACAAAUAGGUACCCACUCACUACCUGGGUGUUGUUUUUUGGGUCUGAUUUAUCUCCUCAACUGCUGGUCUCUCCCACCUGGUUGGAAAUGUCACUGGAAACUUGCUGGCACCCAGAAAGGGACAAACGAUAGCCUAAAGAGCUUAGCAGGAGCCUGGAACAGCUGGCCCCAACCCCAAGCUUCCCCAAGGACUCACCCAGUCUCAAGGAGCAUGGGCGACUACUUGUUCUUCUGGGACAGCUUUUCUGUAAGCAAAGCCAGUGUUCUUUCCAAUUAACUCUGGCUUAGAAAAAAAGUGCCUUUUGCUGCUUUAAAGAAUUUGGGUAUAUAGUGAAGCAGCCACGUACUUUUGUUUUCCUGGUCUUCCCUGGGCACCGUUCUCUCUUGGCAGGUGUUUGCUUAAAGUGAACAUGCCAGAAGCACUCCACCCACCAUGUCCAGACCCCCACAUCCUCCCACGCGCCCGCUGCGUGCAGGGUGGAGGCGUUCCGCAUGCCAGGAUGCCAGCAAGCCCAGAACAGUUAGGAGGUGUCUGUGCUGAGUUACACUAAGCACUUUAAAACCAAAAAAAGCUCAAAGUGAUGGUCCAUUCUCACAGCAAAGCCCUCCCUGGGAGGAAUGUGAUGUAGAUGGAUUAGUUUAGAAAGUGGUGAACUCAUCGAGACAAAGGAAGUUCUAGGAUGCAGAGGUGGUGAUGUGGUGAAUGUUCCGUGGUCUCCCACAGCAGGUUUGUCCUCGUGUCACCAUUUCAGUGGGCAGCAGCAUCUGCGCCUCCUGCCACAGCCCUCAAACCUGUUUGUAAAUAGUGAUGGAAUUGAUGAAAAGGAGAUGCAUGUGACAGGUCCCAAGGCCAUAGCAUUUUGGGUCCCAGAAAGCAAGUGGCAUUUGCUUAUGUUGUGGCUUAAGAAGGAAAAGGUUUGUUUUGUAUCUUUGCUAACAUCAGGAUUCUUCCCUGCCAUUGAGAAGAAAGCAUUAUCUACUUACCUUCAGGUGGUUUACUUAUUCUGUAAAGAAUAUGUGUAAAUAUUUUGUACAGAGCCCUGUAUAAAAUAAACAGCCAUAUGUGGUUACUGA